AUGUCGGUUGGUUGGUUUUUGAAAGUUUUCUAUAAUUAUGGAUUGGUCAGCGGAUUGUUGCCGGCUCGUUUGGCUAAACAGGGCCAAGUUUGGCAUUUUUGCAAUGGAAUUGGUUAUAUCAUCUAUACCAUAUUAGUAAAUUGUUCACUCCUCCUGCUAUUGCCUUUAACUUUACCUCGCUUCAUGUACACUAAUAGUUAUAUGAGUGAAUCUUCAUCACUUCAAUGGAACUUUACUUUAACCGGUGUCACCCGCGUUUUGGCCAUGUUUGUCUGUGGUGGUUUGGUUUGGAUUAAAAGAAACAAACUUCGACAACUGGGUGAGGAUCUGCUGAGGCAAUGUCAGCUCUGUCAGCAAUUGCAAGAGAAGAGCAAUCACUUGGUGAAAUAUAAACAACUUCAGGACAAGAUUCGAGGUCUUUUAUUUCAACAAUUUUGCGUGAUGAUGUUGAAUAUCUUUGCUCCAGCUUUCUUACUUCUACGCAUUGAAUCGGAUCAAGUAUUAGACUAUCUUCUCAUGGUGUUUGUUCAUAUGGUGCAGUUUAUCUAUAUAAUGAUAGCCAUGCUAGGUUUUUAUAUAGUCCUCCUACUUAUCUACUGGCAAAUGCAGCGUGUGAAUCUGGGACUUAAGGAUCUGCUGGAUGCCCUUCAUUGCGACAGGUAUAUUCAAACAUCUCUUGAGACACUGCGUCAUCUCUAUCAUUUGCAUGGUCAAAAUGUAAAUUUACUUCAUCGAGUACUACAAAUUACGGAUGUCUCUAUGGCCUGCCUUCUGCUCAAAAUGUUUGUGACAAAUGUGAAUUUAGUCUAUCAUGGAGUUCAAUUUGGAAAUUCCAGCAUUGAUACCAAUUGGCUGACCAAAAUGCUUGGUGAAUCUGUGAUCCUGACGCACUAUUGGAAUGCCAUCCUGCUCAUGAAUCUAGUCGAUAGUCUCACACGACAAACUGGCAUUGAAACGGCUCACAUAAUGCGCCAAUUUUCGGCUUAUGAGUCAAACAAUCGAGAUUUUGAAGUGCAAUUGGAAAUAUUUUCAGAUCAUGUUCGUUGUCAUCCCACUGCUUACAAAGUUUGUGGACUUUUUGUCUUUAAUAAGAGCACGAGUUUAGCUUAUUUUUUUACUGUUUUGAUUGAGGUUCUGGUUCUUGUGCAAUUUGAUUUAAAAAAUAAAGUUGAUGAACAUCAGAAAUGA